AUGUUGGCCAUCUAUAAUUCGGCGACCAUUUGUGCGCACAAUGAUCCGUUUAGAUGCGGACUUAGACUCUAUCCAGAAAUAUCGAAAAUAAUGGCGAAAAGCAGAGACUGGGAUGAAUUACAGUGGGUGUGGGUGGAAUGGCGACGUCGCAGCGGCUCGCAAAUCCGUGACCUGUACACUCAAUUAAUCUUCUUAAAUAAUGAAGUCGCCAGAUUAAACAACUUCACCGACGCUGCCGAGUACUGGAUGUUCCCCUACGAAUCCCCGGACUUCCAGCAAGAUAUUGAUGAAGUUUGGAACAGCGUUCGACCGCUAUACGAGGAACUUCAUGCAUACAUCAGGAAGAAGCUCCGUGAUCGUUAUGGUCCAGAAAGAAUUGGUGGUCAUACUCCCCUUCCUGCUCAUAUCCUGGGAAAUGUAUGGGGACAAUCAUGGACGAACCUCCUUGAUUUCACGACACCAUAUCCUGGAAAAUAUUACAUGGACGUUACAGAAGAAAUGCAAGCUCAGGGAUACACUCCAAUAGAUAUGUUCCGAGUAGGAGAAGAGUUCUACCUCUCACUCAACCUGAGUGCGAUGCCUCCAGAAUUUUGGGCAGGAAGUAUCAUAGUUGACCCUGGUGAUCGGCCAUUGAUUUGUCAGCCUUCCGCUUGGGACUUUUGCAACCGCCUGGACUACAGAAUAAAAAUGUGUACCAAAGUCACCAUGAAGGACUUAAUAACAGUUCACCACGAAAUGGCGCACAUACAGUAUUUCUUGCACUACAGUAACUUGCCACGGGAGUUCCGAGAUGGCGCCAAUCCAGGUUUCCACGAAGCCGUCGGAGAAGCUGUUGCUCUUAGCGUGGGCUCGCCACGCCACUUGCAGACCCUCGGAUUGGCCAAUAAGUACAUUGAUGAACCAGCAGCAGACAUAAACUACUUGUUUUCCUUGGCCAUGGAAAAGCUUCCGCUUCUGCCCUUCAGCAUUGCCGUCGACCGCUGGCGGUAUGACGUUUUUCGCGGAAUUGUCAACCGCGAGGAGUUCAAUUGCCAUUGGCAUCGCAUGAUGGAAGUUUACGCGGGAAUUAAACCUCCUGUUUUGAGGUCCGAAGACGAUUUUGAUCCCGGAGCCAAGUAUCAUAUUCCUGCAAAUGUUCCCUAUGUUCGGUGA